UAUAAAAUGGUACAACACUAUUGUUUUGCUGUAUGGAGGUUUACUUGUUGUAACGUUUUUAUUAGCAUUGUUGUUAUAAGACGAAACUUUCUGUAAAAAGCAGAAAUCGUUUGAAUAAAAGAGAACACACUAAAUAAUUAAUAAAACCAUGUCGCAGAAUUCUGAAAAACCACCGAAUCAAGAUGUUGUUGAUCCAACAGGACCAGCUGCAAGGAAAGGAAUCCUUAUAUCUUUUAGGACUGGGAAAACAAUGGAAAUACCUGAGAAAGAUAUCCUUGGGAGAUGCAGAUUUGUUGGCGAAUUUGAAAAAUUAAAUAGAAUUGGUGAAGGCACUUACGGUAUAGUAUACAGAGCAAAAGAUAAAUUAAAUGGCUCUAUAGUGGCUUUGAAGAAGGUGAGGAUGGAUGUUGAAAAGGAUGGUCUUCCACUUAGUGGUCUCCGUGAGAUUCAAGUCCUAAUGGCUUGUAGACAUGAGAAUAUAGUUCAAUUGAAAGAGGUUCUAGUUGGGCGUUCUCUUGAGAGCAUUUUUCUAUCAAUGGAAUACUGUGAACAAGACUUGGCGUCACUGCUAGACAACAUGUCAUCACCAUUCACCGAGUCCCAAGUGAAGUGCUUGAUGCUGCAAGUACUGAAAGGAUUAAAAUAUCUACACUCUAACUUUAUAGUGCAUAGAGAUUUGAAGGUUUCCAACCUGCUGCUUACUGAUAAAGGGUGUGUUAAGAUUGCGGAUUUCGGCCUGGCACGUUGGUUGGGAGCGCCAGCCCGUAGUGCAACUCCUCGCGUCGUAACUCUAUGGUACCGAGCGCCUGAAUUACUGUUACAAUCACCUCGUCAAACUCCAGCACUUGACAUGUGGGCUGCUGGCUGUAUCCUCGGAGAACUGUUGGCCAACAAACCUUUACUUCCCGGGAGAACUGAAAUAGAACAGCUGGAACUUAUUGUUGAUCUACUUGGAACACCUUCAGACGCAAUCUGGCCGGAGUUCAGUGCUCUGCCAGCUCUACAAAACUUUACUUUGAAACAGCAGCCCUACAAUAAUCUCAAACAGAGGUUCCCAUGGCUGUCGGCCGCGGGGCUCCGGCUCCUCAACUUCUUGUUUAUGUACGACCCUAACAAGCGCGCCACGGCCGAAGAAUGUCUACAAAGCUCGUACUUCAAGGAACAACCACUGCCGUGCGACCCCAAGCUGAUGCCCAGCUUUCCUCAGCACAGAAACAUGAAAGGACAGCAAAAGAGUUCCUCUAAUCAGUUGAAUAUCCCCCUGUCAAACUUGAACACGGGUGCUAACGACCAAACCAACAACCUGCCGGCCAUCUCAGACCUACUAAGUGCUCUAGUCAAGAAACGGAGGCUCGAUUGAUGAAACUACAUGUAACACGUAUUAUUAUAGUUAAGUAAGGUACUAAUAAAUUGCACCGAAAUAUUAAAAAAAAGUUUUAUUUUAAAAUU